AUGAAAUGGUAUAUACAAGGGUUGGUGUUUGGAUACCUCAGUGCCCCCCAAAGAACUGGGAGGCUAGGUCGUGGUCUGGAGAUGGUAGACGGCCAUCAGGAGCACUCCACUCGACUGGGUUCGGCUCACUCGAUCGAGCUUGUGGCUCCUCUCCUCUCUUCUUCAUCUUCAAAGUGGUGUGGCUUCCUUGGCCUUGGUGGAGUUGUGCUCGCUCGAAGCGGGUUCUCAAACUGGGUCCUCCCAGUCAACUCGACCGUCAGCUCGAUCGAGUUGAGUUUCCUCUGUUUGGACUCGAUCGAGUCCGGUGGUCGAGCUGGAGCGUCUGGCCUUGGAACUCUUCCUCCUUCUCUGCGUGUUGUCUCUCCUUCUCCUUGGCUCGAAAGAAGAGGCUCUGUGAGGCUCUUGGGCAGGGAGCCUCCUUGGGUGGUGAGGAGUGACUACUCCUAG